CCUGUGAUAAGUGAGGGAAAGAAGGAGAGAUUAAAUAAGAAGCGAUAAGGUGAGAAGUCUUUGCCAAGGCCCCACCCACUUUCUUAAAAAAGUACCAAUCAAAUGGCAGGGAACUUAGUUUACCUUCUACACUCCAGACGGUGGAAGAACUGAAUGUGACAGAGGAAUACGAAAAAGAGAGAGGAAGAGAAGGGUAGGGAGACCGAGGCAGACAGGAAGUGGUAAAGGAAUAGAAAUAGUGCUAGGAAAAUACAUCGGAACAAAUUAAAGGGAGACAGAGAAAAGGGAGGCAGAGGAAAAAAGUUAGAGAGAGAAAGAGGGAGAGAAAAGGACAGUGACAGAGGGAUAGAAAGUGAGGGUUGAAGUAUCCGUCUGUGUCAGUGAGUGACUCCUUGUUGGACAUGGAUGUAGCCAACUACAGUGAGGGACUGGACCCAACGUACAGCAGCCUGGGCUUCGAACACGCUGACAUCCUCUAUGGUCGGGGAGACAGUAUGCCAGCGGAGCCGGUCCUGUCCCAGUCAGAUGUAGUGAACGGUAACUGUGCUAUCUGUGGAGACAAAGCUACAGGGAAACACUAUGGAGCCUCCAGCUGUGACGGAUGUAAAGGUUUCUUCAGACGUUCCAUACGCAAGAACCACAUCUACUCCUGCAGGUUUAACCGUCAGUGUGUGGUCGACAAGGACAAGAGGAACCAGUGUCGGUUCUGCAGGCUCCACCAGUGUUUCAGAGCUGGCAUGAAGAAAGAAGCGGUUCAGAAUGAAAGAGAUCGUAUCAGCUCCAGAAGAAGCAUUCAGGACAAUCAGGAUCUCCUACCUAUCACUGUUCUUGCCCAGGCGGAGUCCCUGUCUCAACAUAUCAAUGUAUCCAGUCCCAGGGGUGCAGUAGAUGUGUCAGAACAGAAGUCAGCUGGUGUGGGGGAUGUCUGUGACUCCAUGAGACAACAGCUGCUUGUGUUGGUGGAAUGGGCCAAGUACAUUCCUGCCUUCGGAGAGCUGCCCCUGGACGACCAGGUGAGUCUGCUCAGAGCUCAUGCAGGGGAACACCUUCUACUUGGGGUCGCCAAGAGGUCAAUGCCUUAUAAGGACUUCCUGCUUCUUGGUAAUGGGUGUGUGAUCCAUGGCAGCAGUGCGGAGCCAGAGAUCGGCCGCGUAGCUAACCGUGUUCUAGGUGAGCUGGUCCUGCCCUUCCAGGACAUCCAGAUAGACGACAAUGAGUAUGCUGCUCUCAAGGCACUCGUCUUCUUUGACCCUGAUGCCAAGUCUCUGCGUGAUCCGUCUAAGAUCAAGGCGAUGCGUCUGCAGGUCCAGAUGAGUCUAGAGGACUAUAUUAACGACCGUCAAUAUGACUCCAGAGGGAGGUUCGGAGAGCUGCUGCUACUGCUGCCUACUCUACAGUCCAUCACCUGGCAGAUGAUAGAACAACUGCAGUUUGUUAAACUCUGUGGCCUGGCCAAGAUAGACAACCUACUGCAGGAGAUGCUGCUGGGAGGUGGCUGUCUGGCAUCAGAGCCCGCCCACCUGCACCAACCAGGCCACACCCAGUUAGCCCAGGACCCUUUGACUGGACACACACUUGUCAUCAGCGCCAUGCCUGCUACACACACUUCUCAGACAGCGUCUCCAGACACUCCUAUCCCAUCUCCUCCUCAGGGUCCAUAGAUUAUCAAGUCAACUUCAAGCCCCUCCUUCCUGCCGGCUCCGCCUCCCACAAAGACAUAUCCCUCCCCCUCCCCCUGAGUGUACAGCACCCGACCCGCGAAUAACAACUACAAAAAACUACAAAAAGUCUGUUCGAUGGGCAAAAUACUCAUUUGAGAUAUACAUUCCAUGCGUAACUCGUAAAUCAUGCAUUCAAUGGUAGUGUCAAAACCUGAGUUUGCCCUAUGUGUGUAAAGGUGUAAAAUAUUUGAUGUUUUCAACCCUGUUUAGUGCCAUAGGUUUUCACUCCAGUUCGGUAGUCUACAAAUUGAGUAAUCUGUGUAAAUUGUAGCAUCUAUAAAUCAUUAGAUUAUUCCUAGUCUCUGAGCCUCUGUUAUUAUGGUGUAAAUGACAGUAUGUAUUUAAGCUUUCCAUAGGCUCAUCAUUGAAGAAGGAGUGAGAGAUUUGCUAUCACCGUGUACAUUAUAUACAGUAUGUGUUUCUCAAAGUGAUGAGGACUGUGUCUGUAACACAUGAUGUUCACGUGUUGCCAUGUUGCUUGUGGUGUGGUGCUUUACUGGAGCAUAAUGUAUUUGUCAAUAAUAUAACUCACUAUAUAUUUAGUUCGUAAUCAACUCUGAAGUGGCUUUAAGUCUUUUGAGAUUACUGUUAUGAUAUGAUAUAAUAUGAAAACUGUCAAAUUUGGUGUUUAAAUUCAGUUGUAUUUGUCAAAUGAAUCCUAUUGAACUUCUUUAGACUGUCAAAUGGUGUAUACACUUUAGACAAUGUAAGAUGUGUAUUGUGAUUAUAACAGAACACUAUUUUCAUUGAA